GAGUGGCUGUGGGCGCUUGGCAGCGGCACGGGGAAAGCGGAGCCGGGCAGGAGGUGACCGUCCUGGGUCCUCACAGUUGGCAGCGGACGGCGUUGCCCCGGGGAAACAAGUUUUCUUCUCGUGCUACUCAGUACAUUUGUCAUCAACUUCAUGUGGCUUUUGAGCACUUGAAAUGGGGAGAGUGACUUCUGUUGCUGUUUUCCAGCAAUUCGCUCUCAAUCUAAUUCCAGGAUUUGAGUUGGUCAAAAUGAGCAAUCGUAAAACCAAGAGUAACAACGUAAUACUUGCAGAAUGUCUUUCAGAGGUACAAAGAAUCUUACGUGAAAGAUUUUGUCAUCAGAGCCCACAUAGUAACCUAUUUGGAGUCCAAGCACAAUACAAGCAUUUAAUUGAGCUACUCAAAAGAACUGCUAUCAAUGGAGAAAGUAACUCUGUACUCAUUGUUGGACCACGAGGAUCAGGAAAGACCAUGUUAAUAAAUCAUGCUUUGAAAGAACUCAUGGAAAUACAAGGAAUGCGUGAGAAUGUGUUACAAGUUCACCUAAAUGGACUGCUGCAGAUAAAUGAAAAAAUUGCUCUGAAGGAGAUCACAAGGCAAUUAAAUCUAGAAAAUGUAGUUGGAGAUAAAGUUUUUGGAAGCUUUGCUGAAAACCUUUCAUUUCUUCUGGAAGCUUUAAAAAAAGGUGACAGGGCUAGCAGUUGCCCAGUGAUCUUCAUCCUGGAUGAAUUUGAUCUUUUUGCUCAUCAGAAAAACCAGACACUCCUUUAUAAUCUUUUUGACAUUUCUCAAUCUGCACAGACGCCAGUAGCAGUUAUUGGUCUUACAUGUAGAUUGGAUAUUUUGGAACUCUUGGAGAAAAGAGUGAAGUCGCGGUUUUCUCACCGGCAGAUACAUUUAAUGAAUUCAUUUGGUUUUCCACAGUAUGUGAAAAUAUUUAAAGAACAGUUAUCUCUGCCUGCAGAAUUUCCAGAUAAAGUUUUUGCUGAGAGGUGGAAUGAGAAUACUCAGUGUCUCUCAGAAGACUCAACUGUGCGUGAAGUUUUACAGAAACAUUUCAAUGUCGACAAAAACUUACGGUCAUUACAUAUGCUGUUGAUGCUUGCUUUAAAUCGAGUAACAGUAUCACGCCCAUUUAUGACUUCAGCAGAUCUGAUGGAGGCACAGCAUUUGUGUAACUUGGACUCUAAAGCAAGUAUUGUACAUGGUCUGUCAGUCUUGGAAAUCUGUCUUAUAAUAGCAAUGAAACAUUUAAAUGACAUAUAUGAAGAGGAGCCCUUUAAUUUUCAAAUGGUCUAUAAUGAGUUUCAGAAAUUUAUUCAAAGAAAGGCCCAUUCUGUUUAUAACUUUGAGAAACCUGUAGUCAUGAAGGCGUUUGAGCAUUUACAACAAUUGGAAUUAAUAAAACCCAUGGAAAGAACUUCAGUCAAUUCACAGAGAGAAUACCAGCUAGUGAAACUACUUUUGGAUAAUACUCAAAUUAUGAAUGCUCUACAGAAGUACUCCAACUGCCCUACAGAUGUCAGGCAGUGGGCAACAUCCUCACUAAGCUGGCUGUGAAUAUUUUAUGUAUAUUUCUGUAUAAAACUAAAAGCUACUACUGUCCUUUAAGAGAUAUAUUAUUACAUCCCUUUGUUUAUAAAUAUUGCUUAUGAGAAACUUGAACUUAACUAUCUUGCCUAUUUGUUGAAUCAUGACAGCACAUUCACAAAAUCCCAUUGAUUUAAAUUGCACUACAUUAGUAGUAGUCAAUAUAUUCAAAAGAAUAAAAUUUUAGGGAUAGUCCACAUGAUGGUGUGACGCUUUUGUAGAAUGUAUGUGGUCUUUUGGAAAAGGUGGUUUCAACUAAGUACUCAGUUUACCAAAUGUAACCCUAAGCAGUCAGGAGACAACAAAAAACAGAAAUUACAUGAUUAUUUCAGCUACAGUAGGAACUUUUACUGGGAUUGGAUUUGGUUUUGCUGUAUACAUUGGAAUUUUGGGUCUUAACCAAAUUUCAGUAGAUUGGCCCACUUGGGCUGAAGAAAGUUUGUGGAAGGGGUUGAAAAAUCUGAGCAUUUUCUUCUGAGUAUCUUACUAUAAUCUCAUGUAGGGAUGUUUUUAAGUGUACAUUCUGGGUCUACUUUUGUUCAGAAGGAAUCAGAAUUUGUUAUCUAACAUGUACCUUAAAGGAUUCCUGGGAAACUGCUUUUACAAAUGGGAAGUGUUAGCAGUGUGCUUCAAAAAGGAAUUUCCUGAGAACAUACAAUGUCAGUCAAAGGUCUGUAUCAUAAAUUCAGACCUAAAAGUAACAGGUUGAAGUUUAAAAAUGGAACUUUAAUCAUUCAAUGGCUUCAUUUGUUCAAGAAUAUUUGAUUGCAUAUUUGGUCAUAGUGAGGUUUUAUAAAAUACAUAACUCAUCUGUGUGCAAUUUAUAAAGUAUUUAACUGCAGAACUGAAUAGUGUUUACAGACUAGAAAACUAGCACACUGGCGGUAUGUCUAGGAUCACAGCACGGGAAUGUCUGGUGUGACUAAAGCCCAUGUUAUUAAAAACUGAAGCUCAACCCAGCAGUGGUGCAUACCUUUAAUCCCAGCACUUGUGAGGCAAAGGCAGGCAGAUCUCUUGAGUUUGAGGCCAAACUGGUCUACAAGAGCUAGUUUCAGGACAAGCUCCAAAAGCUACAGAAAAACCAGCUCAACUGCACAGACACUUUCAAGAAUUAAUUUGGCUGAUUUCUGUGCAUUAAAGUACCACCUCCUAGUUAAACCCAUAUUCUUCAGACACCGCCUUUCCUACAGUAAAACAUGGUAACUGUCUGUCUUAAGACUUUUUUCCCCUGCCAUAUCUUAUUAAGUCUAAGGCUUGCAUAGUGGUUUGAUAACAUACAUAGUCCACACAUUUUCAGCGGUGAAAAAAAUAUUUAACAUGGUAAUAUUAGCUAUAUUACCUGAAUAAAAGCAAAAUUUUUCCUUUAAAAAACUAGUAGUAGCAGGACAAGGUGUCUGUAGUCCCACCAUGUAGGAGAUUUGUUAAAAGAGAAUCAAGCAUUUGUGACCAGCCUAGACUACAUUGUGAGAGCCUGUCUAAAAACAAAAGUCCCUCUUUAAAGACCCUAAUAAAAUGACAUGAGAAUUUCAAAACUUACUUAGAUGCUGCUUAAAAGCUUAGUUUUCUGCUUUCCUGACUGGGUAACAACUAGAGAAGCUCUGGUUUGAACAAUGUAUUCAACUUUAAACAGGCAAGAUGAAUUUUUAUUUUUAAUAAAAUUUUUAAUUAUGAUAAAAAUGAAGUAACUAUGAAGGUCAUAAAAGUAUAGGCAUAUAUUGCAAGUUUUUUAGCCAAUUUCACUUCAUAUAUAGUUUAAAUUACAUUAUUAAAUCUAAUAAAAAUAACAAUGUAUGGCACGGAAGUGUAUAUCUGUAAUGUACAACUCCACAGCUUCAGAAGUGGAGCCUACACAACAGUUCCAAAGCACCCUGAGGAAUGGUAACAGAAAGUAUGACUUGAAGAUUCUCUGCCAUGAAGAAAAAUACUGAAAAUCAAGAUUCUCCUGGGCCAAGAGAUGGAAGAACUACCAAAAAGGACUUAGACUUCUUCCAUGUGGCCUACAGAAACUUGGAUCUUGUUUAAAAGGCAUUUCUGAUUUAUAUGCAGACACGUGUCUCUGAGAAAUUAAAAUCUGUCGUUUAAACUUC